AUGGAACUGAUCAGAGUUAUGGUUGAUGCAAGAUAUAAGGAUACUCAGGAAGAUAUAAGGGGUAUUAAAGAAUCCCUUGCAAAACUCACUGCCACUUCCCCUGCACCUAUCUUUGAAAAAGAUGAUCAAGAUGAUGCCAAAAAGGGGGAAAAAGAUUCCUUGAGAAAACUUGAUGUUGACCCCAAAGCAAAACCAAAAGGUCAACCAAAACAAAAGCCAGAAUCUUCCAAAGACACUUUUGCAAAAUCUUCUGAAAAAUCUGAUGCUGGAAAGAAAAAGGGAGUUGAUGAGACCCUUAAUAAACAGACAGAUGCAGAGAUUUUAGAAAAGCAUAAGAGAAAAGAUACAGUAGAAAGCAAGGCAGAUGUUUGGAAGCAGGAACAGGAGAAAAAAAUGAAAAGAGAAAACCAAAUACAAAACAUUGGCACUUCUAAUAGAAGAAAAUCAUUCAGAAACAACAAACCUCCAAUUGCCACAUUCCCCAAAAACACUAAUGCUUUUAAAAAGCCAACCACUGCUGCAACCAAACCCAAACGUUCACCUCAAAAAUCAUCACCACAAAAGCCACCUCAAAAGAAGCAGAAAACAGCUUCAUCACCACCACCAUCCUCCAUAAAAUUAACAGAUGUUGAUGCAUCAAAAGCAUCAUUAGAUGUUAAGGCAACAACUGUUGAGACACCAGUGGUUUCAGCAGUUGUUAGCCAAACCACUGCCUCAAUAUAUUUUGAUCCUCCACCAUCAACACAACCACCAACACCUCAAAGAUUCCCCUCACAAUCAACCUUUUCACCUAAACCACCAUCUCCAUCAAAAACUCCUCUUCCUCCAAAGUUUGCCUAUGCCAAAAAAAAAAGGAAAUUUGUGGUGCUUGAUGAAGAAAAAGAAAUUCCAUCACCAAUUCCUUUAUCAUCUGCUCCUGCUACAUUCAUUCCAUCCUCAUCUCCAAAAACAAACCCACUUGAUCAUCCACCCACUAGUCACAUUACCAUGUGUCAUUCCAUUGGCAACUCAAUAUCCUCUGGAACUGCCUGCAGUCCAAUAUGA